CAAAAGGCGAAUGGCGAUUUUUUUGUGGCUGUGACUAAUCUGAUUAGAAACACCUGAAAAAAGUGGCAAACUGCAUUAAAGGCUCAUAGGUUGAAAAGUGUAGUGGACAGAGAUAUGAGUGAAAAUUAUAAUUCGUUGACAUAAUAAACAUUUUGUGGAGAAAAAGCUGCGAAAGUGGUCGUUUGAAGCCGCCUAUAGAAUUUUUUCCUUUUCUACCAAUUGGAUUGGUUUUCCGUUUGGAAGUCUGUGUGUAAGAAUAAUGCAGGUAGAUCUUUUGAGCCAUUGAUUUUGAAUAGUGUGAGCGAGAGAGUUGACGAAUACGUACAAAGUGAACGUUGCAACCUUUCGAAAGGAGCAAAACCAGUGUGUAUUAAAAAAACACACAUCUAACUGUCAAGCAAACGUCAAUUGUGCGAAUUUGACAUUUUCAACGUUUGCAUUCACGGUCUGCUGUAAAAACUUCUGGAAAAAAAUUUUUUUCUUCAUAACUUUUAUAAAAGGUCGCUUGUAUUUUAACUAAAGUACAAACAUAAGCGGAACGUGGAAUUAAACGAAAACAAACGUAAAUAAAAUUUUCUUCUGUGAUUUUUUGUGUGGCAAGUCACUACCCGCAUUCUUUGGUGCUGCAGUAUAUUUCAUUAGCCGUCAUUUUUAGUCUUUCGAUAGACCUCUUCGCACACCACGCAAAAUGUUAAUAAAUUUAAGAGUGAAAACGCUCGAUGCACAGACGCAUGAUUUUAGUAUUGACAAUGAGCUGACUAUACGUCAAUUUAAGGACAAAAUCGCCGAGAAGACUAAUAUAGCGGCAGACCAACAACGUAUUAUUUAUUGUGGACGUGUUCUUGCUGAUGAAAAACAAUUGAAAGAAUAUGAUGUUGAUGGAAAAGUUGUGCAUGUGGCCGAGCGACCACCACCGUCGCAGCGGGACCUUUCGACUUCCAAUUCCUCCACGAAUGAUGCACCUAGUGCACGUGAACGGCCCAAUAAUCGUGGUGGCAUGCGGAAUUCUCCUCUAUUUCGGGCUUUGGAUGGCAUGGUCGUCGGCACCAUGGCAAUACCAAUGAACCCUGUACAAAAUAACGUGCAGCAACCUGUAAAUCCUUUUGCUGUUUCCUCAUCAUUUUGCGUAAAUCGCAUAACAGUGGCUCGACAUAUGUUGGAUUGCGCAAAUAAUAUUGCUGCAUACUUGGAAGAUCCAGAAAGGGGUCUUAAUAACAGCUCUUUGGAUAUAUUGGCACGUGGUAGUUGGACUAUGGAAUCUACUGUGGUAGAAGUGGGUUUCACCGCUGCCGACUUACCGCAGAACCAAAAUAUUGUUGAAAUGGUGCAAGAUGCUGUUUCUGCAGCGUUACGCCGUAAUAAUAAUACAAACGUGACCGUCGUACAAUUACCAACAGUUUUUGGCUCUAAUGAGGGUGAAAAUGGUGCUACGAAUAGCGGUGAAGCUGCUGCAGACAUGGAUGCAAGUAACGAUGGUGGUGGUGCAGUUGAUGCUGAUGGUGCUGCGGUCAUUAUAGAAGAUGUUAUUGAUGAUACUUUCGACGCCGUUGGUGCUAAUAUCGGCGUUACUUCUAAUACUUCCGGCACAGAUACUACAAACAAUAUUACAUCUCCAAAUCAUACGUCGACUGAUACUUCGGCUGGAGACGCGUCGAACGCUUCCGCAACGACUGGUACUAACACCGAUGAGAAUCCUUCUCGUCGUCGCACCAAUACUCGUGUUUUAGCUGAAGUAGUGGCACAGAUGCGCACUGUCCAAACUCGUCUAAAUCCUUUCAUUCAGCAAUUCUACGAAUUAUUGAAUAAUGAUCCUACAUUCGAUGAAGAUAAUACAACCGAACGCGAAAAUGCACAACGGCUUUACAAUCGUGUCUCAGAAGCACUCCAUUACAUGUCGCAUGCUCAACAUGCCAUAUCCGAUCUGAUGUUGGACGUGUCGCAACCGGCACCACGCUUUCUCACAUGUCGCCCCAUAUUGGUCGAACAAAGCGGAUAUGUUAGUUCCAAUAAUUAUUUAUCUGCUGCUGCAGCGGCUGCUGCUGCUGCUGCCACAACAGGCAAUAAUCAGACGCGCCCACGUACGCGCGCUUAUAUAGCACCACGUUACAAUCACCCAGUAACCAUAACUACCAGCUCGCCCCCGACAACGGCAAGCGGUAAUGGGACAGUGUCUGGCAACUCGGCUGUGGCAACUGCAGGUGACAAUAAUAGCAACAAUCGCAAUACAAACCGCACAAAUGCAAGUGCAAGUGGAAGUGGUAGCGGUAGUUCCGUUGAAGAUCCUGUCGAUGAACCUUUGGUCACUCCCAGCAACACACCAAGUACAGCAGCCGCAACGAAUGCAGCCACUCAAAGCAAUGAUACACCACAUGCGCAAAUGUCGCGUCUAAUUCAGGCCAUGGUGAACUCUGCGCCCAUUAACACCGAGCUUCAUGUGCAAAUCUUACCGCCUUCGCUACUAAAUGUGGCAGUAAAUCCGCGUGGGAACAAUGGAAAUGGCGAGCAGCAACAACGUACACAGUCAGGAGCUUCGGCAGGAGCAGCGGAUGCAACAGCGACCGCUAAUAACAGUACUACAGGAAAUAAUGAUUUCAACAAUGCCAAUGCCAGUGGUGGCAGUAGUAGCAGGAACGCAAGCGCCAGGGCAGGUACAAGUCUUAGGAAUGAUCGCAACAGCAACAAUUCGGUACCAGCAACAGGUGCGAGCUUGCCUGCUACCACCAGACUUCGUCCGGUUUCCGCUUCAUUGGCAAUUGGCACUUUGCCAACAACAUCUACACAAACGCGUUCAACAUCGCGACCACAACUGCAAAUUGGUGGCAUACCAGCAAAUGGUUGGAAUGGUCGCUUUAUACCGGCAAAUAUGAUAUCGGCGUUCGAUCGCUUCCUACCUUGUAAUAGUCAUCACAUUCGGGAGCCGGAAGGCAACGCCAAUAACAACAAUACAGCCGCAGCAAAUGUUACUACUAAUAAUGCUAGCCCUCAGAUAAUAACCACGAAUUCGAUUAAUCCAUUCACUUUGCGUUCACCUGUUGAACUUACCGAUAUUUUUCCACGUGUACGCUCUUCACCCACAGUAGGUGGCUCACCCACGUCUACACCGCGUACGAACGCUCCCUCAGCGCCAAUAUUACCGCCACGUUUCAACCCACCCGAAUUUUUCUCUUUACGUAAUAUUAUAUCUGGACAAAAUCGCAAUGCAUCAACUGCUGCGCCAUCGACCGAGACUUCAGCUACUUCUGGUAGCACCAACACUGGCACAGACAAUUAUCGUCGAAAUUUGCGCACUCAGUUAGUCAACUUAGUCAAUCAGCGCAUUUUUCGUGGGGAACCAAUCAACGAGGAUACCGUAACACCAGCUGUUAAUCGCGCCGCUGAAUGGUUUGACGAAGCACUGCUGGUGCUGCUGCCGCAUUAUGAGAAGCCCGAGUAUGAUUCACGUCACUCUGUUACCAAUAUUUUUCGACACAUGCUACCGCUCUUCAUUGAGAUUGUGCGUGAUGAGCAGAGUAAUCCGGCUACGUUUGAGCAACGUAUAAAGAAAAUAUGCGAAGACUUUCUUAACCGUUUAUACAGCGUUUUGAGUGUGUGUGUGGACCGUAGUAGAGUUAUAAAUUACUGGGUUCAAUUGAUGAGUCAGUUCUCGGUACCUAUGCGAUUGUUUUUAAAGGACGAAGCUUUGCAGUUUUUAAGGUCCUAUGUAGACAGAAGACCUCCAUCCACAAUUGAUACAGCUGAUGCACAACAAUUCAUCGUACAUAGAAAUGUAACGCCAGUGUCGGAGCCAGCAGACACUCCUUUAGAAUCUGAUGUGGAGAUGGUAGAAAUGGCGUCGACAUCCGACGCAAAACACAAUAGUCAAUUUACAAUAGACAUGGACGACGAAGCAGAAAUCGAACUUGCCCCUGCCGAACAAUUGCCCGAUGUUACCGUCGGUUCGGAGUUGUGGCAUAGUAAUUUCCCCAACGACUGGUUGCCAAUCAUUGCACGUGAUCUAUGUACCCAAAGUGCAAAUCCGCCAAAUCAAAUUCCAUUCUCGGAUGCGUACAUAUCAGGCAUGUCGGCCAAACGAAGGAAAAUGAUACAAAACAAUAAACCGCCAACUGAGAUUAGCUCACUAAUCGCUCGAAGUGUACGCAAGGCCAUACAGACCGUUGGCCCACGUGCGUCCACAACUGCUACCACUGAAACGCUAACAGCCGAUGAAAUCACUGAAACUAUUGCCAACGAUGUUGCGGUAAAUGCUUCGUAUACGGAGGCAGUGCGUACGCAUGUACGCGAACGCUUAAAGAAAGACUCUGAUUACAAACCCGAUAAAUAUCCGCAUGCCACAAAGUUUGUUAACAAGUAGAAAACGUAGGUUGGUGCUUUGUAGGUAAUGAGCGACGAAAAACAAAAAAAUCAUAGCAUGUAAAAGUAUACGCAGAAUACAAGUAAUUCAAACGAAACUAAGUUAUAAUAAUAAAAAAAUAGAGGAGUUUAACGAAAAGGGAGGAAAAGUGGUUGCUGAUACUUGUUAUAAACAAAAACUUAUUAAAAAAAAAAAAAACAUUUUAUUAGUGUGUUUUUGAUUUUUGAUUUGUGCUUUUUCAUUUUGAUAAAUUAUGCAUUCAAGGUAAUAGAAAAAAGAGGUCAACACCACAGUAGACGAAAAAAUAUUAUACGUACUAAUCGAAAAAAAAUUGUACUUUAUACGAUAUUAUUAAUAUAAAGAAAGAAAAAAAAACACAGAAAUUUCACGCAUAUUGAAAAAUAAGGUUAACUAAGAAGACAUCCAUACAGGAGAAGAAACAUAAGAACUACAACUAUAACAAGAUUCAUAUUUACGUAUAGUGCAUAAAAAAUAAGGCAAAUAAAAUAUAAUCUAAUGCAGUUUUAUGUGCAAGCAAA